CACAUGUCUGUCAGUCAAAAACGUUCUUCUGGUGGAGGAAAGUCUACUGAAAACCAGUUUUCCUCUCCAUCCAGUAUGCUUGCAACCAGUGAAUUCGUACGUCAAUUUGUCAGACGUCAUGUUGCACCAGAACAACGUGCUCAAUCCGACCUUCCACUGCGACCUGGACUGGCUGGAGCUACCUACAAUCUGAACCUUGUACCACAGUCUACUCGCCGCGUUCGACAGAAGCGCUGCGUUACCAGUUCUGAUAGUGCCACCGGUCCCGUGCCAAAAUUGAUCAAACCCUCGAAACGACGCUUGACCGGUGUGAUGAAACCCGAUCCUGCAUCUUUAGUCGUUCCCAGCAGUCUGCCUACCCAACUGCAUCAGUUGUGGUUAGGAUAUGCGAAAACUGUGAUUAACUGGAGUAUAUUUGAAUCCGCCCAGUCCAGAAAUAACUCCUCAACAAAUCAACUGGAGAGUAUUUUAAGAAUGAACCUCAUUGGAGCGCGUGUACGAAUUAUCCGGUCGACCUCUUGCUCUCUGGCCGGCCGUGAAGCCAUAAUUGUAAUGGAAACGAAGUUCAUGUUUCGUGUGGCCGUUGAUCAUCCACGUGCGGGGAAAUCGUCGAACAAAACCGUCAACCUUGUUUCUGUUCCAAAAGUCGGUUCCUUGUUCGCUCUGCUACCGUGCUGCUCGUCCGAAACGUUCACUGUCCUUCUCUACGGAGACCAGCUUACCCACCGACCUGUGGAUCGUGCGGUACGAAAAUGGCGUCGACCUUUGUUGCGGGUCCCUUUGGGGGAGUGCAGAAUCCCGUCCGUCAGUCAGUUGUGUACAGACAUUCUUUCAGAGACAUCCUGAUGAACUGCCUGCCUUUUUGUCAGACCUUGUGUUCCAAUCCUAAAUGACCUAUGGGACUUUAGGAGCGGCUGUAGAAAGCGGUCAGUCAGCCCACUAGGUUUGGCUGGGUUGGUUCAGUUCUUGCGCGCUCCAUUCGUCUCAGUGGCUUCAUAUCUCAAC